AUGGGAAGACACUCUUGCUGUUACAAGCAGAAGCUUCGGAAGGGUCUUUGGUCUCCCGAGGAGGAUGAAAAGCUUCUGAGGCAUAUUACUAAGUAUGGUCAUGGAUGUUGGAGUUCUGUGCCUAAGCAAGCAGGUUUGCAAAGGUGUGGUAAGAGCUGCAGGCUCAGGUGGAUCAAUUACCUUAGACCUGAUUUAAAGAGAGGAACAUUCUCCCAAGAAGAAGAAAACCUUAUCAUUGAACUUCAUGCAGUAUUGGGGAACAGGUGGUCUCAAAUUGCGGCACAGUUACCGGGGAGGACCGAUAAUGAAAUAAAGAAUCUGUGGAACUCUUGCUUGAAGAAGAAACUGAGGCAAAAAGGCAUAGACCCUGUCACACAUAAACCACUGUCCGAGGUUGAGAACGGAGAUGACACCGGUAAGAGCCAAGGUAAAGCACCGGAAGUGUCCAAUGAAUUGAACCUCCUGAAAUCAGAGAGCUCCAAGUCAGAUUCAGCUUCCUAUGAGCAGAGAACAUCAAUUUCUCCAAAAGCCUAUGCACCCGAGAUGGAUGGUUCCUGCAGCUCCAAGAUUUACAGCAGAAGUGACAGCAAUUUCGUAACCAACAACUGUUACAACAAAGACUUGUUCCUAGACAGGUUUAUGAAUAGUAGUCGCCAAGAGAGCUACAACACUAGUUGCCAGCCCUCAGAUUUGAUGGGAACUUUUCCAAUUCAGAUGAGUUAUGCAACCAAUGACUGUCUCCCUAAUGAUUCAAACUCUACUCAUUGGUUCGGCCAAACUGGAAGGCCUUUCGAUAUGAACUCUGAAUUUCCUUUCAAUGCUGCCACUUCUAUUAAUCAUCCUACACCUACAACCAAUUUGUUUCUUCCUAAUUCGUUUUGCUACAAGCCUUCACUUGCUGUUCCUUCUGACAGUGUUUCUACAGCCUAUGGAUCUCAUUACUGGGAAGCCAGUGCCUCCAACAAUAGCAAUAGCAGCAUUAGGAGUAAUGGCAGCACAGAGUUGAAAGGUAGCAGCCCCUUAAACAUCUUUUCUUCUUGGGGAUUGGCAGAAUGUAGCACCUCUACUACUAAAGAGGGACAAAUUCAUAUGAUGGAGAAUCAUACAGAAGAAGCUAAGUGGGAUGAGUACCUUCACAACCCAAUCUCAAUGCUGGCUUCUGUACAAAAUCAAGCUCCUGAAUCCUUAUGCAACGAGAUAAAAACAUCAAUGCAUUUGGUACCUGACACUUUAGGGGCUAUGUUACCUCAUAGCACGAAGCAGCAAGAACCAUCUCAAACCUCUAGUAUAUUUUCCAAGGACAUCCAGAAGCUCAGGGCAGCCUUUGGAAACAUGUAAAAGGAUUGGAGAAAAACAAAGAUUUUAUUAAAAGGGUUCCGAUUCAAGGGAUUGCUAUUCUUAGUACAGGUGUGUGAAACCACAGAUUUUGCUCUUAUGUAGGUCUAAUACAAAACAAUCAUUUCACCUUUUUUUUUUUUUUUGUUUUUUCACUUUGUUUACCAUUUGUGAGCCAAGCCAUCUGUCUUUA